AAUGAAUAACUCUCAUCUUAUUAUAGCAUCGAUACACCUUACCGAUUUUACGGAAAAAUCAGUUGAUGAAAAUGGAAGAGUAACAUGGAGUGGAUUGGUUAUCGAACUGCUUGACAUUUUAUCUGAAAUGUUAAAUUUUAGAUAUUCAAUAAUUGAUUCAGUUGAUGGAUUUUGGGGAGGACGUGAAAAUGGUAGUUGGACAGGAUUUGUUAAGAUGCUUUUGGAAAAUCAAUGUGAUCUUGCUGCAAGUAAAAUAACUGUUACAUCAGAAAGACGACAAGCAGUAGACUUCACUUCGCCAUUUAUGUAUGAGCCUCAUGUUAUUUUCUCAUCUGUCUUGAGUCCAUCUUAUGAAUUUUUAUUUCUCAAACCUUUCAAAACUGAAGUCUGGCUUUGUCUGUUAUCAAGUUUAAUUCUAAUGGCGAUUGUCUUCUGCUUAAUAAGAUUUCAUGAUCCUGACAAAUCAAUUUGGUAUAUUUUCGGAUCAUAUUUUAAUCAAGCGAAACUUCGAGCUAAAGUUAAUAAGUUAGGGGAAGACGCUUUUUAUAAUACAUUCAACGAGGGUCUGGAAAGAAUAAGCAGUGGUGGUGAAACAAAUGUAAUGAUCUUGGAAGAAGGUUCACGGCAUGCUGCACGAAGGAAAUUCUGUAAUUUGCAACAUGGUAGAGAGGGGUUUAUGCCAGUACCUUUUGCUCUAAUGAUACGUAAACAAUCUCCUUAUAAAGCUCUUUUGGAUAAAGGCAUUGAUAAAAUUGUUGAAAGCGGGAUUAUAGCACGGCUACAAAGGAAAUAUAUAAAAAAAGAACAAUGCCCAACAUUCAAAACAACAUUUAUGAGCUCUUCAGUGAAGCUGUCGAAUUUUUCAUCUAUUCUCUACCUCUUAUAUGGAGGAAUCCUUCUUUCAAGAUAA